GAAAAUUAGUCAAUAUUCUAAGCUUGGAAUCUUGGACACUACAACUGAGGAUACUUGGUUUUGUUUUGUUGUUUUGUUGGUGACUGGUUGAAGUUGAAGUAGUGGUUUGGUUUUGCCGUUUAGCAGAGGAGAAAAAGAGUAUGGUGGAGAAUAGAACACGACACAAACAAUGCGCGCCUUUCCAGUUUCCUCAGAGUCGCACUCCACUCUCCUAUUCUCUUCUAAUUCCUUUCCCAUAACCCACUCCUCCCUCUUCUUCUUCUUCCACCCUUUUCACUUCAAGCCCCACCACUCCCUUUCCACUCCCAAACCAUGCUCCUUCAACUUCAGACCCUUCUUGUACACCGCUUCCAAAUGCGACCCCACCACUUUGGAUGAUGAGGAUGAUGAUGAUGAUGGUGAUGGGAACUUGUUGGUGGAAGAGGGCGAUGGGGUUGAAGAGGCCUUGGCUGAGGAUGGGGUGUACAUAGAGGUGACGAAGCUGGACAAGAACUCGCGAAGAAUUCAAUCGAGGAUUUCCAUUGAAGCUCCUCUUUCUUCCAUUUGGACUAUCUUGACCGAUUAUGAGAAGUUGGCUGAUUUUAUUCCUGGCCUUGCUGUCAGCCAAUUGCUCCAAAAGGGUCACAAUUAUGCUCGUCUUUUGCAGAUUGGACAGCAGAACAUAGCAUUUGGGAUAAAAUUUAAUGCUAAAGGAAUUGUGGAUUGUUAUGAGAAAGAGUUGGAGACUCUUCCUUCUGGUAUGAAGCGGGAAAUUGAUUUCAAGAUGACUGAAGGAGAUUUUCAACUCUUUGAAGGAAAAUGGUCUAUUUGGCAGAAGUUCAAGAAAGAGAGUUGUGAUCGGUCCCAAGUCCAAGAAGUUAGUACGACUCUGUCAUACACUGUUGAUGUUAAGCCAAAGCUGUGGUUGCCUAUUCGUCUCAUAGAGGGUAGACUUUGCAAUGAGAUAAAAAUGAACCUUGUAUCCAUUAGGGACGAAGCUCAAAAAGCCACUAAUUCUAAUGAGUUAUGUAAUUAAUUAUACAUUGUGGAUCAUACAAAAAAAAUGAAUGAAUACAAGUAUAGUUCACUCAUCAA